CGGUCUGGCUGCCCGAGCGCCCAGAGGGGGAGAGCUCGAGGAGGGAGAGGCCGGAGCUGAGGGCGCAGCUGUUUGGAACCAUGACUGAAGAUGACGGAUUCGGUGGUGGUGGAGGGUCAGGUCAAAUUGAGAGAUGGAAAAAAGUGGAAAACUAGGUGGCUGGUGUUGCGCAAGCCCUCCCCGGUAGCAGACUGCCUGUUGAUGUUGGUAUACAAGGACAAAUCUGAAAGAGCCAAGGGUUACAAGGAGAGGAGCAGUGUGACUCUAGAGGACAUCUGUGGCCUCGAUCCUGGUCUUCCCUACGAGGGCUUGACUCACACUCUAGCCAUCAUUUGCCUUUCCCAGGCUGUGAUGCUAGGUUUUGAAAGCAAGGACACAAUGUAUGCCUGGGAUAUCCGGAUCCGCUAUUCUUUGGGGGAAGUCCACAGGUUUCAUGUGGCUGUGGCACCAGGCACCAAGCUGGAAAGUGGACUGGCUACUCUUCACCUCUGCAAUGAUAUUCUGGUGCUGGCUAAAGACAUUCCUCCUGCUGUCAUGGGUCAGUGGAAGCUCUCUGACUUGCGGCGUUAUGGGGCCGUGCCAAAUGGCUUCAUCUUUGAAGGCGGGACCAGGUGUGGGUACUGGGCUGGUGUAUUUUUCCUUUCUUGCGCAGAAGGAGAGCAGAUCAGCUUUCUUUUCGACUGUAUCGUCCGGGGCAUCUCCCCCACGAAAGGCCCCUUUGGCCUGCGUCCGGUCCUCCCAGAUCCAAAUACAAACCCAUCAUCCAUGGAAGAGAGAGUGGCCCAUGAAGCUCUGCAGCUCGAGAAGAGGCUCAGUCUUCUUUCACAUUCGAGUCGUCCGGGAAGUGGAGGGGAUGACAGGAGUUUGUCCAGUUCUUCGUCAGACACCAGUCAUUCAGAUGCCAGUGCUGGGAGCCGACUCGCUCUUUGGCCCGAGCAGUCCUCGGCCAGCACCUCCCAGGAGAGCCAUGGGCUGGCAUCUGCUAAGUCUUUCCAACUUGGGGAAGACAAGGCACACGCGGAGGCUACACAUGGUGCCGCCAAGCCGCUGCCAAAACCUCUCCGGUCCAGACAGCUCCAGGAAAUCGGCCGCCAGAGUUCUUCUGACAGUGGAAUAGCCACCGGGAGUCACUCUUCUUACUCUGGUAGCUUCUCUUCCUAUGCUGGGAGCCUGGACAUCUGCCAUGGUGACGAGUUUGGUUCCCUGCUCAGCUUGCCUUUGAACUUUGCUUCAGAACAGAGUUUGUGCACUUGCCAGCCCAGUGAGCCCCACAGGGGCCUGGAGUAUCAGGUUCCCAGCUCUUUCCGACAUCUCUAUGAUACACCCAGGAGUGUAUUACAAGCAGCUGCUAAGGAUGCUCAGCAUGGUGAUGGUGCAGAUUCCACAGGACCCAAGGACCAGGCCCCAGGCCCUCAACAGGCCAGUGACCCCAAAGCAGCACCAGCCCUACCCUUGGAGGCAGGAGCUGCCUCUGAGCCUGACCAAGACUUGGGGGGGCCCACUGCUUCCCUUGCCGAAGGCACCAAAGACUUGGGUGAUGAGACUUAUGCAGAUUUUCUUUCCAGAUGGUCAGGCAUCAAACCUCCAGGACAGGUGUUAGAAUCCCAAAGUAGUGAGUCGGUUUCACCUAGUGGAGUGUCUGCUGAGCCUUGUGAAAUGUGUAGCCCCCGCCCCGGGGCUCCAAGAGCUUUCUUUACAUCAUGUCCAGUCUGUGGUGGACUCAAGGAAGCAGCUCUUUCUCCCCUGAGACUCUUCCCAGCACUCUCAGGAGAAAGACCACGCAGCGAGACCCCUACCUAUGUGAAUAUUCCCGUCAGUCCCACUUCCAAGAAGCAGCUUCACUACAUGGAAUUGGAGCUUCAGGGACCUAGCCCAGGAAUAAGAGGGGCUGGAGCCACCCGCUAUGCCCAGAUUGAUAUCACUGCCACCGAGACGGCGCACAAAGUGGGUGCCCAGCAUGCACAGACCCGGGAGGACCGUCUGCAGGAACUGGAGCAGAAGCAAAAAGGGGCCCAUCAGUGACCAGCCUGUCGAGAGCCAAUGGAGGGCUGCCUUGUUGGGGCUUCCGGGCACUUCUGGGAGGGCUCUGUGUUCUCAUCUUUGGGGUGUGCCACCUUUGGGUCCAGCUGUGGCACCUUGCACUCAGACCAGGCACCUCCUGGAGACCUUGCUCCGACACAGACAAGCAGGUCAUGGUGGUGGUACACCAUGGGCUGAAUUUUUUUUUUCCAGCUUGUAACAUGGUGGUCAGAGGAUCAAUGUUGGGAUAAUGGGAACCCCCAAAUUAGUUUCUUUUCCCUGGAUCUCUGUGUCCCCUUGGAGAGAGGCAGUGUGGUAAAGCUGGAAGAAUACUUCCUAGAGCUGGUGUUAGAGCACUGGGUUUGAAUUUUUGCUGGGCUGUGCAGCCCUGGGCAAGUUAAUCA